GUGGAUCAUAUACUACAACACUAAUAUACACUCCCUAAUUAUUGGAGGCUUGUGCUGGGCAUCCAAUGUUUGCAGGAGUUCAAAUGUUCAAUAACCAUUCCUUUUCCCAACACCCAAUCAAUAGCCUGAUGACCCUUUGAAUUGUCACACUCUGCAAUGACACCAAGAAGCCGACAUUUGAUUAGACCUUCUCCCCACUCUCUCUCUUUAGUCUUCACUCACACUUCACACUUCACACUUCACACCCACUCAUUGACCGUUCAGUUCCCCCUCAAAAGUACUGUAGAAGAAGAAGAAAAGCAGAGCAUUGCAGCCGGAAUCCCGAUCGUCGGCGACCCUUCCUCCUGCAUCUCAUGGCUUUCUUCAGAGUAAUGCUUCCACGCGCAAUCCAAGACAAGAAGCUGAAACUGCCUGUGAAAUUCGCCAGACUGCACGGCGGGAAGCUGGCGGAAAGGGCUCGACUUUCCUUGCCCAACGGUCGUAACUGGGACGUGGGCGUCGUCAAAGGACCCGAAGAAGGCCAAUUUUGGUUCGAGAAUGGCUGGUCCCUUUUCGUCGAACAGAACUCUGUUAAGGAGUACUGGUUCCUAGCAUUCGAGCAUACAGGGCCGUCCAGCUUCAAAGUUCGGAUCUUUGACCUCACCACCUGUGAAAUCGACUACCCAUCUGCCGGAUUUGUCAAUGACGUCGAAGAAGAAGACGACUCCUCUGUUCAAAUUCUUGAAUCGCCGCCUCCAAAUCCCACACCCAAGCAAAAUCCCGAAUCCGACUCUGUUCAGCCACGCAAGAAGAUUAAGAACAGCAACAAUGCCACUACUUCUCGUAACUUGAGCAAACCUUAUGAUUCCGUCGACUCUGCAGAUGGUGACGAGGAGGAAGAUGACGAAGCAGGGGAUGGAGAGUUGGGUGAAACGCUGGUGAAGGAACUGAAACGGAGGCGGAUCUUUGUUAACUCAAAGCUUUCCAAGGAACUACCCAAAUUGUCGAUUCAAAACCAGAGGGCAGUGGAAGAAGCCAUUGCGAUGAAGCGUGGCAACGAACCGUCUUUCCUUGUAAUGAUACAGAGGCACAACAGGAAGCCGCAACCUCGGCUGAUUCCACCGCUUGCGUUUGUUAACGAGCACCAGCAAAUGGAGAAUGCUGAAUCUGUGAGGCUGAAACUUGCGAUGGGAGGCAAUGACGCAAAGUGGGAUGUCGACGUGAUCAGAUACUCUGCUAAAGGACCGUGCCUUUACGGUAAAGGAUUUAGUAAGUUUUACAAAGAGAACGACCUCAAACUUGGGGAUGUUUGCUUGUUUGAGAUGUUAUUAUCUGAGGGUAAUGUUGUGUUCCAAGUUUCCAUCGCUAGAGUGCUAAAGAAAGGCUUCCCUUCUUUGGAGGAGGUGAUCUGCCUUGAUGAUUGAAGAUGAUGCCAUGGCCAAGUUUAGGGGUUCUUGUUCCAUUCUGCGUUUGUUUGAGUAGUAAGGUGGGGGUGAGAUUGGGGAACUUUGGAAGGUGAUUAGUUGGAACUUUUUGGGAUUUUAGGUAGGUUGUAAGCAAGGCAAUGUGGCUUGUUAGGUUGUAACUUGGUGGAAUAUGUCCUUUAUUAAUUGUCAGCCUGAGUGAUUAGUGCUAUUUGUGUAAGAAUUAAGGGUGUUUGGUUUUGGUGAAUGUUUGGUUGUGAUAAUUAUAAUGUAUGUAUUGUCCAUAA